CUUUUGGAUGCUCCCCCCAAACAAUUGCCCGGCCCUCUGCCUCCCUCCCACCCUCGUCAUUGCUCAGAGACGGUUUUCGCUUUCUCCUCUGUGUCUGUCGAGCAACACUUGACUUGCUCUAGUCGAUUGCUGUACAUCUACACAAUCUCUCUACCGCCGCCAUGGCGGGCAGACAGUCUGUAAGGCUGCUCGCACGGCAGCUUGCGACACAGCAGCGCUCACACGCCGCCCAACAACCUCAAAUCCGCCGACGACCUUUCUCUAAUACCUCUCGCUACCUUGAAGCGCACAAUUUCACGAUGCCGGCCAUGUCCCCUACCAUGACAGAGGGCAAUAUCUCUAGCUGGAAGGUCAAGGAAGGAGACUCCUUUUCCGCGGGUGACAUUCUGCUGGAGAUCGAGACGGACAAGGCCACCAUGGACGUCGAGGCGCAGGAGGACGGAGUGAUGGCCAAGAUCUUCGCCGAUGAAGGCGCGAAAGCAGUCAAGGUCGGCACGAGGAUAGCGGUCUUGGGUGACGCCGGCGACGACGUCUCGAGCCUCGAAAUCCCCGCCGACGACUCCAAAACGGUCGAGUCACCGGCGGACAAUGUCCAGGGCAGCAACAAGGACAACGGCGGGAACAAGUACGAGUCUUCUGGCGUCGAGAAGGAAAUCCCAGGCACACCCGAGAAUAAGAGACCGGCAAAGGACAAGCCCAAGACGAGUCCGACAGGGUCCGGCCAGAACCCCAAAUACCCUCUCUACCCGUCCGUCAUUGCUCUCAUUCACGAGAAGCACAUCCCAGACGAGGACGUCACCAAGAUCACGGCCACCGGCCCGAACGGUCGUCUUCUCAAAGGCGACGUCCUGGCCUACCUGGGCACGAUCGACUCCGAUUACCCCUCGACACAAUCCAAGCGCAUCGAACAUCUCGAGCAUCUUGACCUGAGCAACAUCAAACUCCUCCCUACUACACAAGCGAAACCCGCAGGCACAACAGCUGCCGCACCCGCACCAGAGGCAGUCGCGGCGCCCAAGGUGACCAGCAUCGCCAUCACCAUCUCCCUGGCCGAAGUGCUCAAGGUACAAAAGCGGAUCAAAGACACCCUCGGUGCGACCGUGCCUCUGUCGACGUUCCUCGCAAGAGCCGUCGACUUGGCCAACGACGACCUGCCCCAACCCAAGGGCACAAAACCCUCUGCGGACGACCUGUUCAACGCGGUGUUGGGACUGGACACCAUCCCAACGACGUCGCGUGGCAUGUACCUCCCCCAGAUCGACGCCUUUUCUCUUUCGUCGUCGUCGUCGUCGUCCUCUGCGUCUCUACUGGGACGCCACCAAGCCCGACCCAGCAAACAACCUGACAUCAUCGACAUCCUCUCGGGCAAGGCCAUUCCGAAACGCGCAGCACCGCGGUCCUCAAUCUCAACGGCAGCGUCGGCAGCAGGAAGAAGUCUCUCCACGGCCGACGGAGCCCUCAACACUUUCAGCCUCACCGUACCCGCGGGCGAGGAAAAGAGAGCAAAGACAUUCCUGGAGCGAGUCAAGACCGUUUUGCAAGUCGAGCCUGGGAAGCUGAUUCUCUAGGGUUUCAUGGCGGUGGUGGUACUGGCGCGAUGGGCGAGGAGAAAAAUGGUACCAUCGUACGGAGCAUGGAUUUCGCAAAGCGGUACUUACCCAGGUGUAUAAUGUGCGCGUUACUCGGACUCGGGCUCGUACGAGUACAGGCCGAUCCAUCUCUCAGCCUGACCUCGUUUUUUUUGUUGUAGAAUAAGGAACAAAAUUCGAUUCAAGCGAACCAACACAAGCUAAAGGAUUCUACUCGCUACUCGCUACGGAGUACUCAUUCGACUUCGG